AAGAGCUUCUAGGAGUGAGAUGGAAGAUGGCACUCCUGUCGAACUGCGCGAACGCGUCGACGUACGUGUGAAGCGGUUUCUUGUCGACGUCGUCCGAGAAGAGUCUCGUCAUCGCGGGAGGUGGGCUCGACUCAAAGCGAGACUGUCGACUACUCGAAAAGAUUCGAAGGAUUUCGGUGUCGAUGGAGGACGUGAUACCAGUGUCGGAGGUUCCGUGCGUGACGGAACGAUCAAUAGUGUUGGAGGUCCAGGAGCACGUUCUGGACAAGAAAAACCUCCAGUACAAGAGGAUCUAAGUAGAACAGAAGCGUUAAUAUUGAGUAAAAAGAUCAAGGAGUUCAACUGUGAUCAGAAGGAGGACAUCAGCAUUCCUGUUAAUGCAGCACCUAUCUCCAGGUGCGAGAGUGCAGAUAGUGACCAGCCCGCAACCGUUCCUGAUGUUAUGAGUGAAGAGUAUGGUGUCCCCGAUGUUAUCAGUGACUUUGCAUAUUUUAGUAGAUUCGGGUGGUGCAGCUUCUUCUUCUUGUUCUUCUUUAUCGCUCUAAUGACAAAGAACAGACCUCCAAUGAAGAUGAGCAGGAGGAAGAUAAUUCCAGUUUGAUCCUAGCGCAUCCUGCCAGUUCAUCUGCUUCGUCAUCUUCGUCCGACGGUCGCACUCGUGGAGGUGGUACUAGUCGUAGUCUAGAACUAUCUCUUCUUAGACCUGCAACUAGCCGCAGAAGUAGGAAUUCGACACCGAGUCCAAUGGCAGCAGAGACUCCGACCCAGACGCUGCGACGACUACGCGAAGAACGUUCUAGCGAAAGUGGUUCCCUGAUUUUGUCUGGAAUAGAAGACAUUAAAGAAUCGAUCAGGGAAGGAGAUGAGCAGGACAACUACGGCAGAACAUCGGGAGAUGCUUUUGCGGAACUGUUGCAAAUUUCACAGAGGAAUGAUGCGAGGACGGGAGAAUUGUCGAAUAUGGCACAUAUUCUUAUCCUUUGAUAUUAUAGAGAAAAUGAUCCUUACUUUAGCGGAACUGCAUUCUUUAUCUUCUGAAGCAGAAGACAGACAUAAGAAGUACACACGCCCAUCCCGAUCAUUACUAGAAACUACUUAUAGGUAUUAGUAGUACUAGAAAGAUGCCUGUGUUCACUCCAACAUCAGUGGUCCUCUAAUCCCCAUAUCCCGACUUCUCCGAAGAACACUAUCCCUCUAAUCCCCAUAUCCCGACUUCUCCGCACUAUCCCUCUAAUCCCCAUAUCCCGACUUCUCCGAACUAUCCCUCUAAUCCCCAUAUCCCGACUUCUCCGAAGAAUGCAACGACUAUUUCUUCGGAUGAGGGGGAAAGUGCUGUGCCGUCUGAGGUCCCAGACGAGUGGUCCAGGCCUGCGAUGAAGGUUGGACGCUUGAGUGGUGUGAAUGAGACUUAUGGGUUAAUUGCUCUUCUACCUAGAAGGUACAAUUUGACUGACUUACCUCAAAUCCACUUGACCACGUGGAAUUUGACUGACUUACCUCAAAUCCACUUGACCACGUGGAAUUUGACUGACUUACCUCAAAUCCACUUGACCACGUGGAAUUUGACUGACUUACCUCAAAUCCACUUGACCACGUGGAAUUUGACUGACUUACCUCAAAUCCACUUGACCACGUGGAAGACGAGGGCACAUGACAUGACAUAGAUAUUCGGCAAUCUGCCUAAAAUGGGUUAUCAUUAAUGUUGAUAAGUGAGAGUAUAAAAAUUGCACGACGUGGGUUAAUAGUGAUGAUGUGAAUCUAUUCGGCAAAGCUUCAAUGUCUAGUGAAGAAUAUGGAGGAAGCUCUAAGGCGAACCCAGUCGUUCGAGAACACGAAGCCCAAGUUCGCCGAAAAUUUUUCUCUAUUCACCCGAACACGGAGCAGACGGAGAAAAUAUGAACAACGACAAGCAGUUCUUUCCUCACGAGGAAAACGACAGUCCUCACAUGAAGGACAGGAGCCUCCACAGGCCUUCGUAUAUCAAGAAUGCUACGUCUGCAUUCGAAAGAGAACAAGAUGAUAGGGAAAGAGACACCACCUUUCUAGGAGCCGAAGAUCAAAGCCAUCUACCUUUAUGUCUCAAUACAAUUUACUUCAUCUUUUACAACAAGUGCUGUAGAAGUAAGUUCUGAGUUUUAGGCUCAGAAAGAUUUUGUUCGUUUGAGAAGAUAUUGAGGCCUUUGGUCUUCCACGGUCCACCUCACUUUUUAUUUUACAAGCGCGCUCUUCCCGUUUCCCCCCGUCUUAGGAUCGAUUGAGAGAUAUUCAGUAUUCAAUACAUGCUCGGAUAGGAACAAGUGGAUUGCUUAGGAACAAGUGGAUUGCUUAGGAACAAGUGGAUUGCUUAGGAACAAGUGGAUUGCUUUGAGCUUUAAUACCUGGCUUCAACGUAGCGCGCGAGAUUGCAGACGUCUUCGUAGAGGCUUUUCAGAGUAGGGAGUUGCGCAGAAAACUGACUCGUGGCAUGGUCCACGCUAUCGUCCAAGGUCUGAGGGAGGGUGUAAAAGAAUCCGGGAAAAGCGAUCGUAGUGAUAAAAUGAUUUUCCGCGAAUACCUGUUCAAGCUUCUAGGUGACGAAGACUUCGCGGCGGCUGCUUUGCAGGGAAGCUUGCCUGAAGUGAAGACGUUUUUGAAAGAGCUGUUUGAAGAUGUUGAGAUCUCCACUAUGGGCAAGCAGCUACUGCGGCAGACGUUGCGAGAUAAAGAAAUUCAUCAUGCUUUGAUGCGUGGAGGGUGGGAAGCUAUGAAGUCAAGGUUGAAGAGGUGACCACCGGGACAUUAGAUGUUCAGGAAUUAGAUGUGAUUAUACAGUCUAAAUAGAUUUUUGAUAAUUUUGUAUCUGUAGAGUCGAAAAAGUAGAUUGCGUGUGAUGAAAGAACUUGUACAGACAAGAACAACAAAAUCAAGGAAGUCC